GAUGCCAAAGAGGGAAAGCUGUUUAACGAACAGAACUUUCUCCAGCGAGCUGCCAAGAAAGUCACAGUGGAGAAAUGGAAGAAGCAAUACUUAAAGCCGCUCCUGGGGAUACCAGAAUGUGUUGGUUUUGGCCUCCAUGAGACUAGCUACAGGUUCCUGGUCUUUCCCGAAUUGGGUCGAUCUCUUCAGUCAAUCCUGGAUGACAACAAAAACAAGAUGACGGAGAAAGCUGUUUUGCAGCUUGCAGUCAGGCUGCUCGAUGUCCUGGAGUACCUUCAUGAAAAUGAGUAUACUCAUGGGGAUCUGGCUGCUGAAAACAUAUAUGUGAAUCCAGCUGAUCUUACUGUG